AUGGAAGACGAGAAGAAAGGCAUCAAAAUUCACACAGCGGUCAAAGCUCCCGAACAAGAGCCAAUCAGCAACCCGCUCCCUCACGUGAUCCAGACGAAAGCUGGACUCGCGCUGCUGGAGAUUCAGGGGACUAUCAACCUUCCGGGCCAUGGCGAUGGGGCUGCGAUGUCUACGGGUGACGGAGGUGGAGAGGGGGAUGGAAAGGUGAUGGAGACACCGGUGGGAAGGCUGGUGUUUCCUGAAUACGAAGGAAACGAGGGAAGCAACGAGUGGAUGAAGAGGGUGUAUCUCUACGUAGGCAAGCAUCAACGACUCACGGGCGAGGUGAAGAAGCUGCCGAAGGCUAUUGCUGUCAUUCAGAAACGGAAGGGGCAAGAUGGUGAUCACAAGGAAGGAGACACAGGGGAGGAUCUGGAGGUUGUCGAGAUCAUCAAGUACAAGAUCUUGUUCUCUACAAGGCCGGAACCAGUUGGGACUUUGGCUGCUGGGGUUUGA